CCACAAACAACGACGACGACGACGAACAUAGAGAAGAAGAAGGAUGGCGACUCCCACUCCCGCGCAGCUGGAUGGCCUCUCGGCGCCAAACCGCGAGGCCAUACUGAGGCUGGCGUCGCUGCCUGCGACGCCUCGUCUGCCCGCCGCGAUGCCGACAAAGGGCCAGGCGGCCGUGGCCGUGAUCCUGUUCCAGACCCGCUCCACCUCGUGCGCCGUGCCGCCGACCGACGACAGCAGCGACAUGGAGCCUGAGCUGCACGUCAUAUGCUCGACGCGGGCCAUGCAUCUCUCUUCGCAUCCCGGACAGGCAAGCCUGCCUGGCGGCAAGGUCGACCGGAGCGACGUCGACCCGCAGUCGGGCCAGCUCGACGUGGCCAUGACGGCCAUUCGCGAGACGUGCGAGGAGGUUGGGCUCGAUCCGCGUGCCCAGGAAGUCGGCGACUGCGUGCACCUCUACACGGCGCGGCCCUUUCUCAGCAAGACGGCGCUCCUCGUGCAUCCCGUCAUCUACUUUCUCCCGCCCCGCAGCGCAUACAAAACGCUGUCCAGCCUCUCGCCCUCGCCCGACGAAGUGGACCUCGUGUGGAGCUACCCGCUGCGGGCGCUGCUGUCGAGCAAAAUGCCCACGACGAUCCCAGCUGCAGGCUCGUCUGCGUCGGAACGGCCGCUGUUUGCGCGGCUCUCAGACCCGUCUUCAGUAGACCGGCACCGCCCGCCGCAAGAGACAUUUCGCACGUACAGCGACGUGCCCUGGCUCCUCGCAGGGCACUACCGCCUGCACCGCUUCCGCUCGCCGCACCAGCUCGUCAAGGGCCUCACUGCCGAUGUGCUCAUCCACUGUGCCAGCCUUGCCUAUGACUGUCCGCCGCGCUAUGCUGCCUUUUCGCCCGACCAGGCCAGCUGGGACGACUGCGUGGCCUACCUCGUCAAGAAGCGCCUCGCCGCCAUCGCCGCCGCUGCCUCGGCCACCGUCAGCCAGCAGCGGCCCACGCCAAGGUGGGGCGAUGGCGAGAGCGGCGAUGCGUAUGGCAGCAUGGAAAAAUUUGCCACGGUGCAGGGCCGCGAUGACGAUUACUUAGGAGAAGCAGCAGCAGAGGCCGAGGCAGCGAUGGACAAGGCGCGCAAGAGGGACGAGGAGCUGGUGAGGCGCAGCAAGGAAGCUCCAUGGCACAUUGCAAACGGGAACGGCCACUAUCCUUUGACAGAGGAGCAGCAGAUCCAGGCUUGAAUUGAGGGCGAAGGUAAAAACAAAUAGAGAGUUGGGCAUGGUAUAGAUUCAUUCACUGGCAUACUCCCUUUAUGUACUGUAUUUCUAUCUCAAGAUUAAACUAGGAAAUGGGAAGUCUGUCGGUUACUUUUGCCCCUGCUCUUCGCCGGCACCGCUCAUCGACGUAGCCGGCGUCGUCUCGCUCGUGGCUGGCG